UGUUUUUGUAAUCAGCCUUCCUUUCAUCUUCCACAAAACCCUAGCUCCGUCACUCCGCCACCACCACCACCACCACCACCGCACAUCAUCACCACAACCACCGCCACCUUACAUUCUCUCACAACAACAAUGAUGAGAAUCACAGACCUCAACAAACUCAAACCACUCACUUCCCAAAUCGAAACCCUAACUCACCGAUUCCUCCAAAAAUGCUCCGUAAGCGGAACCGCAAAAGGCAAAGGCAAAGUGAAAGACGGCCAAACCCUAAAACGGUCCAAAAUCACCAUCAAAAAAGGUCAACAGAAGCCAGAUCCAUCCGCCACAAAAGGUCCGCGAAAAGGUCAACUCGAACAGCUGAUUGACGAUUGCUUGCAGGCCAAGGCACCGGUAAGAUACUUGAAACCCAAGGAACGUGAACGAGAAGCCGAGCGAGAGAAAAUGGGAUUGAUUUCUGAAAACAGAAAGCUAGAAAUUGCUAAUUUCAAAAAGAACAAAAAUAAGGAUAAAAAUGAUAAAAACGAUGAUGAAAAAAUAGCGAGAAUUGGACCUGAAGGGUUGGAUUUGAUAACAUUAGGGGUGGUGGAUGGCGAUAAGGUGCCGAAAUACGAGUUGACGGUUGAGGAUGGGAGGAGGUUAGCUAAGGAGUAUAGUAGGAUUUUGAUGAGGAAGCAUAGGGCAAGACAGGUGGCAGAGACAGGGUUGUUGAAGUGUAAGAAAGAGGCGAUAGAGGCGUUGCCGGAAGGGUUGAGGGAGGCCGCGUUGGUGCCGGAUUUGACGCCGUUUCCGGUGAAUAGGUUUAUGGCGACGUUGACGCCUCCGAUUGAAGGGUAUAAUGAGAAGAUUGUUGAAGCGGCUAAGAGGCAGAGUUCGGUUAAGGGGAAGCUUCGAUGAGUGGUAAGGUUAUAUAUCGUAUCAACUUCUUGGUGUUUGCAGUUUCAUCCAUACGGUAUCACCUGGAUCACUUUUGUUUUGUUAUAUCUCAUCACCCAUUCAAUAAAUGACCUUGAGUUUUGCUUAUGAAAACUUGGUUGUACUUGAUCAAUGGUUGUAUCAUCUCAUCAUAUUGUUUGGGAUAAUAUUAACUUGAUUAAAUCGUUUUGUUAAUUUUUUAUCUGUAUCAUUUUGAGAUAAUAUUAACAUGGUUGACGUGUUGCUGUGGA